AUGGCUCCUUCCAAGGACACCACAAUGUCAGCCUCAUCUUCUCAGAUUAGAAAGCGAAAGGGUCGUGCUGACUCUCCCAGCAGCUCAAAUGACACUGCCAGUGUUCCGGCACCAGUCAAGACUGUUCAGGCUACCAACGGUACCAAUGGCACCAAUGGUGCCAAUGGGAACGGUGUCGCGGCUUUGAAGGCAAGCAAUGCUUCGAAGGACUUCAUCACCGGCCAGACCGUCUUGAAUGGCAAGAAUGUGUCCAGCAAGACACAGAUUAGAAUCCAGACCGAGAUUCGCAGCUUCGAGUGCGUCAAGCAUGUCAAACCGGCUCAAUUCCCCGAGGUUCUUGGUGCCCUCCCAUUUCCCCAGGAGCUGAGGAGCAUGGUUGCCUGGACCGAUGCCUUUGUCCAGCGACUUGGAUGGAUGGCCCUGCUUCAGGAACAGAAUGCCGCCAAGGAAAAGCUCUCGACUAGCCGUGCUGAAAAGAAAAACGAGGAGCUCGCUCUCCGCAUCCAGGAGCUCCAGACCAAGGUGCACGAUCUCAUUGAUGAUAAUCACGACCUGAGGGGCAAAAAUGCUCAACUUACGAGCCGCAACAGGUUCCUCGAGGGACACAAUAAGCGGGAUGAUAAGCAGAUCGAGGCCUUCAAGGCGAGCAUCUCAGAGAAACAGACCGAGAUCUGGAACCUGACAAAGGAGAAUGAGAAGCUGAGAUCCGGCGUGGAGAGUCUUGAGAAGCAGGUCAAGAAGCUCAUUGAGGAGUACAAGGGAGAGAAGAGCGAGCUGAUCGCCGCGUUCGAGAUGUGGAAGAGCAUCGAUGAUGAGGAAGACAAAAAGCGCGAAGCCCUCGUCACACAACUGCAGACUGCACUCGACGUCGAAAAAGCUGCCAAGACCAAGGCUGAGACUGAUCUUCUAAGCGCAAAGACCAAACUUGCAGAACUCGAGGCGGACAAUGCCCGCCUUAAUAGCAAGCAAUCGCAGCUUGAUGAGCUUGUCAAGAACAUUCGCGCGCAACUGCAAAAGGCUGAGACGGACCUUGGUGUCUCGCAAGGAGUGAAGGCAACAUUGGAAGAGCAGCUGAAUCAGCUCACGAAGAAGGAAAAGGACGCGCAGCUGGAAAUUCAAAGUCUCCUUGGCAAGCUGAACGAGGCUAAGAUCGAUGUUGAGGCUGCUAAGGAGCAGGUCUUUGCCGCUAAUGAGCAUGCCAAGUCCCACUGGCAUACUCUGCAGACCAUUCGUGCUGACGGCGGCUGGUUGUCGACCGAGGAGAAAGACUCCUGUGAUGGGAUCUUCCUGGCCAAGCCUUUCAUGUGCGAAUUCCAGGCCGAUCCUACAGCCAAGAAGCCCGUAGCCCUGGUUAGCAAGCCUAUUUGCACCUUGGAGGUCGAUCCAAAAGUCGAGAACGCUGCUGAUAUCGAGAACCCAUUCAACUGA